CUCCCUCCCUCGCUGGCAGUGCUGGCCAAGAUGGCGGACUUCCUGCCGACGCGCUCCGCGCUGUCGGGCUGCUUCCCCGGCUGCCUGCUGAGCAGCGGCGAGGCCGAGCAGCAGCGCAAGUCCAAGGAGAUCGACAAGUGCCUCAGCAAGGAGAAGACGUACGUGAAGCGUCUCGUCAAGAUCCUGCUGCUGGGCGCCGGCGAGAGCGGCAAAUCCACCUUCCUCAAGCAGAUGCGCAUCAUCCACGGGCAGGACUGGGACCGCGCCGCCCGCGAGGAGUUCCGCGCCACCAUCUACAGCAACGUCAUCAAAGGUGUGAGAGUCCUGGUAGAUGCCAGAGAGAAACUUCACAUUCCCUGGGGAGUUCCUGCCAACCAGAGUAAUGGGGAUAUGAUGAUGGCUUUUGAUACUCGGUCAGCCAUGGUGGCACAAGGGAUGGUGGAGACUCGGGUUUUUUUACAGUACCUUCCAGCAAUACGAGCACUGUGGGCAGACAGUGGUAUCCAGAACGCCUAUGACAGACGCAGAGAAUUCCAGCUGGGGGAAUCUGUAAAAUAUUUCCUGGACAACUUGGAUAAACUUGGCGAAUCAGAUUAUCUUCCAUCACAGCAAGAUAUUCUGCUGGCAAGAAGACCCACUAAAGGGAUUCACGAGUAUGACUUUGAAAUUAAAAAUGUUCCCUUCAAGAUGGUGGAUGUAGGUGGCCAGAGGUCUGAGCGGAAGCGUUGGUUUGAGUGCUUCGACAGUGUCACAUCAAUACUCUUCCUCGUCUCUUCCAGCGAAUUCGACCAAGUGCUCAUGGAGGAUCGGCUAACAAAUCGCCUUACUGAAUCUCUGAACAUUUUUGAAACGAUAGUCAACAACCGGGUUUUCAGCAACGUCUCCAUCAUCCUCUUCCUAAAUAAGACAGACUUGCUUGAGGAGAAAGUACAAAAAGUCAGCAUCAAAGACUAUUUCCCAGAAUUCGAAGGGGAUCCCCACUGCUUAACAGACGUCCAAAAAUUCCUGGUGGAUUGUUUUCGUACCAAACGCCGGGACCAACAGCAGAAACCCCUAUACCACCAUUUCACCACUGCUAUUAACACAGAAAACAUCCGGCUGGUUUUCCGUGACGUCAAGGAUACCAUCCUCCAUGACAACCUCAAGCAGCUUAUGCUACAGUGAGGUGCAGAAAGACGUUUUUAUUUUGAUGAUUUUUUUUUUGUGUUCUCAAAUAGAAGUUUACAACAGGAGCAGAAAAAAUCCAGGUCCUGUCGGACUUCUUGAUGUGUGGCAUACAGCUGAACACAUGGUUGCUAAUUUCUGCCGAAAUCCAGGCUUUAAUCUUUUUCCACGGUAGCUUCAAGUUGGCUCAAAUUGUAAUUUUAUAGCAGACACAGGUUGCCUGUAAAGUGACUAAAUUUGAUCUCCAAACACUUGCAUGUUGCAAAGAAUAGAGCUAGAAAAUUCAUUCUGCCGCUAAUUCCACAUCCAGCCUUCAGCGUGCAUUCAUUGGGAAUAUAUUAGACUCAAGGCAGUAAUUUAAAAAAACUUUUCUUCUUCCUUAAAACAACGAUGAGACUGUGAUACCAUAGUUGACUUUGAUUUCUCAGGUCUUUUAUUUAGAAAUUCCAUAAAUCUCUUGCUGGAGUCUUUCUGAAGCUUGGAUGUAUAGCAUAAUGCUCUCCCUAGUUUGUGUACAGCUUUGAAUGGAUUUUUAUGAUUAGGUUUGCUUUUCAGGAAGAAGCUGGGAACUCUUGUCUACAUUAACGCUUUCGGCCCGAAAUGUCUAAUGUGACUGUAAGUUGCGGAGUUCUCCCUAAAUUUCAUGCUGUUGCAUCAUUUAAGUUUUUUUUUUUAGAGCCAUAACAAAGCACAAAGCACUAUGACUCGGUUCUUCUGAAUGUCUUGCAGGUGGGAAGUGGAAACAAGCUAAAAAUUGGUAUUCAUUUUUGCAUUGCCAGAUGUUACACCUAAGUACCUAGCCCCAGUGUUUGUCAAUUUGAAGUGUGCUUUUGUACGUUUGGGUUUUGUACCUUUCCCCUUUGGUCUCGCAGCCUGCCUUGCGCUACAUCAGUAGUCAGAUGCAUGGAACUAUUUUCAAAUUUAAGUGCCUCCCCUAUUCUGUCCUCUUGCAGUAUUUUCAGUGGCCUUAUAUGAAUACGUGCCCCAGACAGUGGCCGUGUGUAGGUAAGGGUAAGUAACCCAAACACCACUGUGAUGAAUGUCUGCACAGAAGAAUAAGCAUAACGUGUCUCAGUAGUAAAUGCUCGUGCGUGAAAACAUCCAAGAAAUCUGUCAGUCGUGUCUACCAAUCCUGUGUGCGCUUGAGCCAAACUUACUACACAGUGCUGUAAGAUGCCAUUUGUCACCAGUUAUAUUCUGCCAAAAGUCCCGUUUCAUAUCCUUUCACAGGCCUUUAUUGUGGCUGUGGGGCAGGUGCUUUCAGCUGAAGCUCUGCCUGCCAGGGUUUGUUACCAAAUAGAAUUAAACGUGGCUAAUUUGUGCUUUUAAAAAGAAAAAAAACCCCUCAGUACCACCACUGCACUUACUCCAUUCACAGUGCUUUUAUUUUAACCAGUCUUUUGUUUGCUUACUUGCCUUACAGAAUUGACUAAUUCUUGUGGAGGGAAAGAGUGGCCAAAGCACUUUUUUAAGAUGGGUUUCAGCCCUGCUGUGCUUCAUGUGUGGCAAGUGGUUUGGCAUACUGGUCUGAUCCCUUAAAACUGUCCACAUGAUUGUGUGAUGUUGUUAGGAGUCGGGAAAUGUGGACUCUUUUCUCAACACUGCCUCUGACUUCCUGUGAGAAGUCAUAAAAACACCCGUGUACCUUGGUCCCUUCAGCAAAGUGGGAUGGGUGCUCGGGUAGCAGUGCUUUGAAAUCAAUCAUGGAAUUUUAACAUGUUCAAAAGAAAAGUCAUAAAUAUAAGAACCAAGAAUGUGCUCCAGACGUAGACAGAGCACUUUUUCUAGAAAGCAGUCAAUCUGAAGAGGGCAUGGGACGUUCUGGUGGAUAAGCUGCUGAAUGUUUACUCGUUGGGUGGACAAAAGGGCUAACGGUGAUCCUUGGAUACAUGGAUAGAGGAACCUGAAGUUGGGAGAUUGUUUUGCCCGUAUUGGGUCCUGAUGUGGCUGCUCAUGGAGUGUCGGAUCCAGGUUGGGUAUCAACAACUCAUAAAGGACAUUGAUAAAUAUGGAGAGGGUUUAGAGAAGAGUCAUGAGAGUGAUUCAAAGGUUGGAAAACUACAUCUUGAUACGAGACACCAGGAGUUCUCUAUUUUUCAUUUUCUAAGUAAAGGGUUAAGGAGUUUUGCUUGAUGAUGGUCUAACCCCGGCAAGGGUGCCAGUGUGGGGCAUGCAAAGGCAUUUUGCUUGGCUCGUGUGUUUCUGGGCGGACAGCAGGGAAGGUCUGUGCUGCCACAACAAGAAUCGGACCCCCUCGCGGUUCCCACACCGUCCACCCCUGGCACACCAGCAUCUUACAAGUUGAGGUUGCAGGUGGUUUGUCACACUGGCAAAAAACGUUGCCUACCCCUGCUGUAAGUACCUACAAGGGCACCGAAGUGUCAACUGUGGACUCUUCAGUACGGCAAAAUCCAUUGAUUAGGACGCUGAAGCUAAACCGACUUGUAUGUGAUCUUCUAUCAGUGAGGGGGGGAAUCCAGAAAAUUAUUAAGAUCCCUGUUGUUACCUAAACUUAAUAUUAGAACAUAAGUGGUGGCACUGAAGUCUUGAAAAUGGCUUGACCAAGAAUAGCUUUCUUAGGUCACAUAGGUUAUCCAUUCAACAUCUUUUUUUUUUCCACGUUGGCUACAGAAUUAAAGGGCCCCAAACCGUUGGGACUAUGCCAUACAUUUGCCAACAAUCCCCUCCUUGAUGGCCCUCCUAGAGGAGCCAUCACUUUUAUUUUUAGGCUCGGGUGUGGUAGAGGGUUGAGCCUGGUGGGUUAUAUGAGUAAGUCCUUGCAGCCACCAGUGGAGCAGCUGUCUUGAUGCCAGCACUCAGUUUCUUUAGUUGCUUAUUUUUUCGAUCCAUGAGCAUACACACGGCCUUUCCAUCUCCUUCUAUGAGAAGACUAGUUUUUCUGUAUUUUACCAGUUUUCUCCAGCCCCUUCCAUAGCCAAGCAUGUCAGUCAAGGUGACCCAUAUUAAAAUGCUUCACGAUAGUUUCUAGAUUGAUUUGUUGUAUAACGUUUUGGAUAUUUGAUACUCAAAACCCAGGAUAUCCUUUUGGCUCAACUGUUUGUACGGAAAUAUUACUGCACUAAAUUUAUCUUGUAAUUUUUCUUUCCCUACCGUUUGAUUCAGCAUGAUGUAGGUGACAUUUGUUACUGAGGACACAGGAGUUUUGUCUUUCAUUCCCAAAGGGUUAAGGAGGGCUUGCUUGAUGAUGCAGUAAGUAUCUGCAGGGGCAAUGAAGUCUGAAUUAUGGACUUUAGUACUGUAAGGCCCAAUGAUAGGACACUGAAGUUAAACAAACUUGCAAGUGAAUUUUUAGCCGUGAGGGGGGCAUCCAAAGAAUUAUUCAAAGAAGGUCCCUGUGGCCUUUGUUACACAGAUUAGGCUAGAUCAGAGGUGGCCAACCUGCAGCACGCAUGCCACAAGUGGCACAGGCAGUCUCUGUGGGUGGCACAUAGCAGGAGGUGAGAAGAUAAGCAGGUGGGGGUAUGGAGCAGAAAGCAGAGCAGGCAGGGAGCAUAGGGCAGGAAGCAGAAAGCAGCAGGCAAGGGAAAAAGGAUUAGAGUGGCACUUGGGGAGGGUGUAGGGCUAAUUGUGGCCGGCCCAAAGGGUAGCCCUCCCCAUGCCCCACUGGAACAGAUGAUCAUGAUGGUUGUUGGGUCUCAUGCCAAAAUAGUUGUCAGCUCAAAUUCACUUAAACUGGAAAGACAUAUCACAUCACAGGACCUGUCUGUGUUGGAAGUUACCAACAUUGAUGCUAAUACAGGAACAGGGCCCUGUCUCUGAAGUUUUGAGGACCUGCAAUUCCCAGAUGACUGCAGUAGAAUAUAAAGCUCUGAAUUAAAUCCUUGGUCUUUACAUUAUCAAGAAGCCCUGGUAAUCUCAGUUAAUAAGCCUUUUCAGAAUGUUUUCCAAAAUGUGGGACUUGUGCAAAUAUGUUGUUAGCUAAUAUUUUUUGGCAAGUGUCAUGCCUGCUCUUUCCAAAAAAUCUUUUAUUAUUAAAUAAUAAAAAGUUCCAACUGCUUGUUGGACGCUGCAGGCGCUUGUUACAACCUUAGUUCAGACAGGUUAGGAAAUUCGGCAAGUGAUGCAUCUUCAAUCUUGUGCCUUGGGGUUGCUGAAGAGAAGUAUGGAGCAUUGGCAAUCGCUGAUCAUUUUAGUUUUCUAUUUCACACUAAGGGAAGUCCCUAAAUUUUCAGAAGUGUUUAGUGUUUUGUUUUGUUUUUUUAAUUUGAGAUGCCCAGCUUAAUGCCUGCUCAACAGACCUCCUGGCCCAGCUCUCUGAGUAUUGGACUGUUUUAUGGCAAGCAGCAAGGUGUUUUUAUGUUUUAGUUUUGGGGAUGGCCUUUAUUGAACCUUCUCUAUACUUGCGAGAGAUGUUGGAGAAGCUUUCAGGCACAAAGUGCCCUUCUCUUGCCUCUCAUCCAUUUCCUGGACCACCGUGGCUACAUCACUCCAACAGAUUUGUCUUAAAUUAGAGACCCCAAAUCACUUGUUUUCUACAGAGUAGGACUCGCACUGUAAGCACUAAGGGGAUCUCAGGCUAAAGUAACUAUGUUCAAACAGAAUUAUAUGAAGUUUUGGCACUUGGCAUUUUUCCCUCUACUUUUGUUUUUCGAAAACUAAUCUUGAAGCACUGUUUAUGCAAUUCCGAUGUUAGACGUUGCCUUAAAUUGAAUCAACACUGUUUUUUUUCCAUCUCCUUUAUACUUGCCAACUAGCUGAGAAGCAGCACAUCUUGUGCUAUGUUUAUUUCUUUUGAGACUUGCUACUAAAUGUUGCUUUGUGGCAGAAUAUAAUUUUGGUGCAAAAUCUAGUAUUUUAACUUUGUUGAACAGGCUGUCCAUGCACGUGCUGAAGUAAAAGUAGAUGGAUUGCUCUAUAUCAAGUAAUGAAAGUGAAGACUGUUAACGUAAGCCAGUAAGUUAUGGUACGAGGUCAGGACAUGUAUAUUGUAAAAAGUGGGGAUACAGGAAAACUCCUGAGGCUUCUUCAGGUUUACUUCUUACUAGGGCUAACUUCCAAAGAUCAUUGGCUAGUUUCUGCUGCACUGAACGAUCAUUGACCACAUUGAGAUGUGAGUGAGAAAUACCACUAGCUUGUACAGUCCUCCUGUACUUGAAGGUGAAUGUGGCAUUUUAGCAUUUGCUUCCUGCUGCAUUUUUUUUUUUUAAAUCUAAUUGUUUGAAGACUGUGGCUAUUCACCAGUGCUGGAAACAAUCCACCUUUUCCAUCUGGAGUAUAUGGGAGCCAAAGCCAUCACUAACAACAUUCACUGAAAACCCCAGCUCUUACAGAUGAGCCUUCCUCUCAUCUCUUCUGCAGGUGUCAGCUAGUAGGCUUAGGCCUUUGGCUAAUAGGUAAAUUAUUUUUAAAUCUAAUCAGGAUUCUUCAACCAAAUUGCUAAAAUACUUCGGGCUCUUUAGAGUUUUGCAAUACAGAGUAUAGUGAGCUCCCAGAUAACUUCAUCAAAAGCUCUGGAACUAAUGGGACUUCUCUAUCCUGCCAUUUAUUUGUUUAGUAAAAAUUCUGUAUAUCUAAACACAGCUCUAUGGCAGGAUUCAGCCCAAGGUUUCUAAGUUAUUGCAAAAAAUGAUGGUUGGACACCCAUAUAUCUCGCCAGGUGGUUGCCCAGUUAAGGAUUCCUUAGACAUUUCUCUUUAGAGGGGUCAUUGCAGAAAUACACUUUCCAACAGCACGUUUCUGGUUUCAGAACGAUCAGGAUAUUUGAUGCCACGCUAAAUUUGUUCACAACUUAACUUCACAGGGCUUUCUUUAUUUGAUGGUACCACGAGUUUAAAAAAAAAAAAAAUCACCGUAUUGCAAUAGUGCCAUUUGUAAUUUCUUUUCCUUUUACUUGAAAACAAAAUUGAAUUGCAAACUAUUUAAAAUUGCUUUCCUGCCCUUUCAGUAGCAGUGAGAGCUUACCUUAUGUGAAGCCUUCUGUAAAAAUAUAUUUUGUAACAACCUCAUAGAUCCUUUAUCUAACAAAACCAAGAUUUAUAUUAGCUUUGUAUAAAUGUUUGUGGCUUAUAAUUUUUAUAUGUUUAACUUUUAUAACUUUCCAGGGACUAAGAGCCUCUAUAUUGUAAAUUUAUCUCUCCUUGCUUUAGUUCAGGAUUAGCAAUAAAUUAUUUCUGAAGGAGGUCGUAAAGGAAAAAAGUAUCACUUCCUUUUAUAAAAUGGUUAAAUUACUAAUGGUUUAAAGCCUUCUUGCAUUCAUUUGUACAUUGCUCUGUACAUACUCUGCCAAAAUGUUGCCUUACAGCUAUUAAUAUUUGCCUUGUGUUAAAAAAAAAUUUUAAAAAUUACUGACGAUAAAUAAACGUAUACAGCCUCGAA